AAGCAAGCAGCAUUCUGGGGCCAUGCAGGCGCGCUACUCCGUGUCCAGCCCCAACUCGCUGGGAGUCGUGCCUUACCUCGGAGGCGAGCAGAGCUACUACCGAGCGGCGGCCGCGGCGGCCGGGGGUGGCUACAGCGCCAUGCCGGCCCCCAUGAGCGUGUAUUCGCCUCACCCGGCGCACCCCGAACAGUACCCGGGCGGCAUGGCGCGCGCCUACGGGCCUUACACCCCGCAGCCGCAGCCUAAGGAUAUGGUGAAGCCGCCUUACAGCUACAUCGCCCUCAUCACCAUGGCCAUCCAGAACGCGCCCGACAAGAAGAUCACUCUCAACGGCAUCUACCAGUUCAUCAUGGACCGCUUCCCCUUCUACCGCGACAACAAGCAGGGCUGGCAGAACAGCAUCCGGCACAACCUGUCCCUCAACGAGUGCUUCGUCAAGGUGCCCAGAGACGACAAGAAGCCCGGCAAGGGCAGCUACUGGACGCUCGACCCGGACUCCUAUAACAUGUUCGAGAACGGCAGCUUUCUGCGUCGCCGGCGCCGCUUCAAGAAGAAAGACGCGGUGAAGGAUAAAGAGGAGAAGGACCGGCUGCACCUCAAGGAGCCCCCGGCGCCGUCAGCGUCCCAGCAACCGCCUCCCCAAGCCCCGCCGGGCCGUGCGCCCUCGAGCGCGGCGCAGCCGGAGGUCCCCGACAUCGCGCAGCAGCCUCCGCCCGUGCGCAUCCAAGACAUCAAGACGGAGAACGGUGCGUGCCCCUCGCCACCCCAGCCCCUGUCCCCGGCCGCCGUGCCCAAGAUCGAGAGCCCCGACAGCAGCAGCAGCAGCUUGUCCAGCGGCAGCAGCCCCCCGGGCAGCUUGGCCACGGCGCGCGCGCUCAGCUUGGAGACGGGCGCGGAGCCCCCCGCGCCCGCCACGCAGCCUCCCCAGCCACCGCAGCAGCAUCACAGCCAGGGCUUCAGCGUGGACAACAUCAUGACGUCGCUGCGGGGCUCCCCGCAAGCCACGGCGGCUGAGCUCUUGGCCUCCUCGACGGCCGGCUCUGCGCGCGCGGGCCUGGCACCCCCGUUGGCGCUUGGCACUUACUCUCCGGGGCCCGGGGCCCUCUACAGCUCGCCGUGCAGCCAGGGCGCAGCUGGCAGCGGCGGGGCCGGCGCGGGCAGCGGUGCCGGAGGAGGUGGAGGAGGCGGAGGAGGCGGUGGAGGAGGAGGAGGCGGUGGAGGAAGCGGUGGAGCCGGUGGCGCAGCUGGAGGAGGCGGCGCGGGGGGCCCCGGGACCUACCACUGCAACCUGCAGGCCAUGAGCCUGUACGCGGCCGGAGAGCGCGCAGGCCACUUGCAGGGCGCGGCCGUGGAUGACCCGCUGCCCGAGUACUCGCUGCCACCCGUGUCCAGCAGCGCCUCUUCGGCCCUGAGCCACGGAGGCGGUGGCGGUGGCGGCCAGGACGCCGGGCACCACCAUGCCACGGCCCACCAAGGCCGCCUGACGUCUUGGUACCUGAACCAGGCGGGUGGAGACCUGGGCCAUCUGGCCAGCGCGGCGGCGGCCGCAGCGGCCGCGGGCUACCCGGGCCAGCAGCAGAACUUCCACUCGGUGCGUGAGAUGUUCGAGGCGCAGCGCAUGGGCUUGAAUAACUCGCCCGUGAACGGGAAUAGCAGCUGUCAGAUGGCCUUCCCGGCCACCCAGCCCCUGUACCGCACGUCGGGAGCCUUCGUGUACGAUUGCAGCAAGUUCUGACCGGACCCCGCCGAGCGCGCCCCCAAACCACCCAUCCACCUCUCCCCCCAUCCAUCCAUCUAUCCACCCAUCCAUCCACCCGCCGCCACCUCUCCAAGCCGGACUGAAUCGAACCCCGAAAGCAAAAACAGCCCCAAAUCGAAACCAAAAAAAAAAAAAAAUGAAGAAAAAAAAUAGAGAAAAAAAUAGAAUUUUUUUCCCUCUCCCCUCCUAAAAUGCCAAAGCCAAGAGACUGG